CGCUUCAGGGAGCAUCAGGACAUAGUCAUUCAUUCUGCUGGUUCAGCUGUGAGAGGGGCAGACAGAAUUAGAAGAGGGGAGAGGAGCAGGAAGUUGUAUCCAGAGUUAUGGGAGAGUGAGGGGUGAAUGAAAGCUGCAGAUUAGAACAGAGUCAGGGGGCAGAGUUUGUUAGUUGGAGAGGGAAACUCUUUACCAUCUGCUCAAGAUUUGAGUCAAGUUAGGAAGCCAGCUUGAGUCUUUCACUACAUAUGGAACGCUACGGGGGUCUGGACGUUAUGCUGAUGGAUACUGCUUUACUAACAGCAAAUGCUGGUAGCCAUAUUUUUAUCAAAUGGAUGGAGGUGUACAGUGAUCAUGGAGGCUGCUGAGAGAAUCAACAUCACUGUCAACAGGCAAUCGUGGGGCUUUCUUGGUGGAAAGAGUGUGAGAGUGGAAAUCCACGACAUUGGACAAAAAAGAAAGGGGACAGAAAAGCAACCUUUUGCCCCUCUAGACAACCUGUGGAACCAGAGGCAGGAAUCGUUAAAGAUGGAUUUCAGGAGAUCAGUCUGUGACCCCUACCCCAGCGACAGCACCAUGGUAGGAGCUAAACUACCCAAGUCCAAAGGGACCAACAUCAAGGACAAGAUCUCUCUGUGGGAGAACAAGGAAUCGACUCUUUCCCACCUAACUUCAGGUAGCCUGAGCAAGUGUGGCAGCUUUAAAAGAACUGACUCCUUGACAAAUGGCAGCAACAAAAGUGUAGAUAAGCAAAGCACUGAAAGUAGCAGGAAGGUAGCCAGUAAGGAGAAGCAGGAUCUUGGGAAAGAAAAUGUAGUAACGCGUGGUGAUUCUAGGCCUUCUACCCCUGAUGGACUGCCAAAACAACCUCAAUCGGCCAAUAGUAGUUCCAGGUCAAGUGAGAGUCAUGAAAAGACUGACUGUAAGAGACAUAUAGGUAGCAAAAAAACUCCUCGAGGGGAUUCGAGGCCGUGUUCACCUCAUGAACCGGGGGAUCAGCCUCAAGUGGUCAAUCCUGGUUCUAGGCUCAGGGACAACCAGGCGAAAGCUGACUGUAAGAGAAAUGUUGGUCUCAAGGAAACUCCUAGUGACGAUUCAAGGCCUUGUUCUCCCCCAGCCGCUGAGAAGCAGCAAGUAGGGACCCUAAAAAAAAGCAGCGACAAGAAAUCAUCGGAACAGACAAGUGAGGAGAAAAGAGCUGUAUUCACCCUUUUUAAAACGCUAGAGACCUUGGGGGAGAACCGUGGGAAAGCCCCUCCAGAGCUUGGAAACUACUUCAGCCCACCGGGCAAGGAGAAAAAAGGUGAGGUGAAACAGAAAGAACUUGAUGGUGCAGUUAUGGGUAGAGCUCAGUGGGCUAGAGAGGGGAAGGAGGACCAGGAGAAUGUGUACACAGAGCCAGGCGCCCUGCCCAUCAAUCCAGUGCCCAAACCCAAGCGGACCUUCCAGCAUCCAGCCUCGAUGGGAGGCAGUUUGAGGGAGGAGAGAGGGAAGAGGAACCUCCCUCCGCUGCCAUCCAUUUCCACAAAGACAUCCUCAAAGCCUCCCUGUGGUCACUUUGGGAGACCCCGGGCUGACAGAUACCUGAACAGGAAACAGUCUGACUUUGAAGACUGUGCAAGGUCACCCAGUCCAGUUUUCACCUGCUCCCUGUCUCAGGAACACCACUACGAAGACAUCAUGGACUCGUCCAACGAGAACCCAUAUGAAGACAUAGAGCUGGAGAGCCAGUGUUCGCAGCAGUCCGUGCCCUCGUCUCCUGGUGCCGAUUCAACAAAGGCAUCCAGGCCUGAUUUCUUCAGACAGAAUUCAGGCAGGAGCUUCAAGCUACUGGACCUGAAAAGAACCAACCAGGUGGCUCAGGGCGUCAGCGCUGGGGGCGUUUCAUCUCCGCUCCGGCUCAGCCCUCCGUCCACCCCGCCAGGGAGCGAACAUACCGCCUGGAUCCCUGGGGAUCCCUACAGCCGCACCUGCCGCAGGAUACCAACGCUUGUACUGAGAAUCAACGGUAUAUUUGAGGGUCGGACCAGGAAGAAACAUUUGCGAAGGAUGUAUCAUUAUGCCGAAACAAUUUCUGGAAGAGUAACUGAUGAAUACAGCGACUCCGAGAGUGAAGUUGAAGACAGAUUGAAAGUUCGGUCCCUUCUGAGGCAGCCGAGAAAGAGGUUGGUCCACUACCACGAUUCCAACGCCAGAAGCCGCUCCCUGGAUCAGGAUCGCCACCAACGCAAGCUUUUCGAGUACUUCCUGGUUGUUUCCCUGCAAAAGUCAAAGGCCGGCGACCACUACCUGCCAGAAGUCACACAGCAGUUCCCCCUUAAGUUGGAGCGAAGCUUCAAGUUCAUGAGGGAGACGGAGGAUCAGCUGAAGAUCAUUCCUCAGUUCUGUUUCCCCGAUGCGAAAAACUGGAAGCCAGUGGAGACGUACCCGAGCGAGAUGUUCUCCUUCGUUUUGACCGGGGAGGACGGCAGCAGGAGGUUCGGAUACUGCCGCCGCUUACUGCCCAGUGGAAAAGGCCGACGGCUGCCAGAGGUUUAUUGCAUCGUCAGUCACCUCGGCUGUUUCAACCUGUUCUCCAAGGUGUUGGAUGAGGUGGAGAGGCGGCGCGCUCUGUCCCCAGCACUCGUGCAGCCGUUCAUGAGAGCCAUCAUGGAAGCCCAGUUUCCAGCUCCGGGCAGAACCAUUAACAUCAAAACCUUUCUCCCUGGUUCUGGCACUGAGGUGAUGGAGCUGUGUCGGCCCUCGGACUCCCGCCUGGAGCACGUGGACUUUGAAUGUCUGUUCUCCUGCCUAAGUCUGCGGCUGCUCCUCCGGGUGUUCGGCUCUCUGCUGCUGGAAAGAAGAGUGAUCUUCAUCGCUGACCAGCUCAGCACCCUCUCCCAGUGCUGCCAUGCAGUCGUUGCUCUGCUCUACCCCUUCAUCUGGCAGCACACCUACAUCCCUGUGCUGCCCUCAGCCAUGCUCGACAUCGUCUGCACCCCGACCCCCUUCAUUGUCGGCCUGCUGUCCAGCUCUUUGUCCCACCUCGACGAGCUUCCCUUGGAAGAGGUUCUUGUCGUGGAUCUAGGAAAUAAUCGAUUUCUCAGACAAUUGGAUGAUGAGGACUCAAUCCUGCCUUCUAAGCUCCAGUCAGCCCUGGAGAACGUUCUCGAAAGAAGACGAGAACUCGCCAGUGACAGAGGAGCAGAUUCAGUCAGUGACUCUGGCCAUCUAAGCACCGUCGUGUCGGAGGCCUUUGUCCGCUUCUUCGUGGAAUUAGUCGGACACUACCCGCUCUUCAUCACCGCUGAGCGGGAAGACGGCUAUUCCUCGUCCUCCUCGUCCUCCCCCGCCUCCUGCUCAUUUCAGCGCGAGGGCUUCCGGAAAGCAAUCCCGUCCAAGACUGUGCGUCGCUUCUUGGAGGUCUUCAUGGAGACCCAGAUGUUUGGCUGGUUCAUCCAGGAGAGGGAGCUCCAUCGGCAGGCGCUCAGAGGACUCUUUGAAGUGAGAGUGCAGGAGUAUCUGGACUCUAUCAACGAGAACGAACACCGGCGGGUCAACAGGUUCCUCAAAGGUUUGGGAAACAGAAUGAAAUUUCUUUCCAAGAAAUAACGUAAAGUGACAACAUAAAAAAAAAAAAAAAAG